GAGGGAAGGCGAAAAUGGCGGCGAUACAGGGGUUUCCCGUCUCGAUGCCUUUUGGUUACGGCGGCGCCACGGAGCCCCCGGUCGGCGCACAGCAGUCGGGGGCCGUUGAGCGAAGCAAGGAUGAGGCGACAGAAGCCGAGAAAUUGAGUAAAAUGAACUCGUUGCUGGAAAAGCUGCAUGCGAAGUAUGGUCAGACAAGACCCUGGUCUGAGACAGCAAAACUCGUGCGACAAGCUAUGGAGAAACGAAGUAUAAUGAACACAGGAGGCCACCAGCAUCUUAUUGCCUGUUUGGAGACCCUGCAGAAAGCACUUAAAGUAAUGUCUUUGCCUGCAAUGACGGACCGUCUAGAGUCGAUUGCCAGACAAAACAGCCUUUGUUCACACCUGAGUCCUUCAGGCACUGAAUGCUACAUCACGUCAGACAUGUUCUAUGUAGAGGUGCUGCUGGAUCCAACAGGACAAGUCUGUGAUGUCAAGGUGGCACACCAUGGAGAAAAUCCUGUGAGCUGCCAGGAGCUGGUGCAGUAUCUGAGAGAGAAGAAUUUCUUGGAGUUCUCAAAACAUCUUAAGGGCCUUGUCAACUUAUAUAAACUCCCUGGAGACAAUAAGCUGAAAACUAAGAUGUAUUUGGCUCUGCAGUCCCUAGAACUCGACCUUUCAAAGAUGGCGCAUAUGUUCAGAUUAGCCACCAAUGCAAGUAACCUUGAUACAAUACUCCAAGGAAGUGUUGGCUAUCUUACACCAAGAAGUGGCGGACACUUAAUGAAUCUGAAGUAUUAUGUCUCUCCAUACGACCUGUUUGAAGAGGGAACUGGUAAACUUACGAACCUGAAUGAAAAUAAUGUUCCACGAUCCUUGGGCAUGAAUGUGUUUGUGACGAUUGAGGGCCUCACAGGGAUGUGCAAACUGCCUAUUGCUCCCCUGAUCACAGGCUCCCAUCCCACAGACAACAAAGGCACACCUUCCUUCUCUUCUGUGACUAAUGCCAACAGUGUGGAUCUGCCAGCCUGCUUCUUCCUAAAGUUUCCACAGCCAAUUCCUGUGUCAGCUUUUUGCAUUCAGAAACUUCAGAACUAUUUAGGUGUCACUCUCUUUGAUCCUCCUACCACUUUAGUUCCACUUUAUGAAUUAAUCACCCAAUUUGUACUUUCGGGGAAGGAUGACGGUUCUUCAACUUUGAAACACAACAUGCGCUUUUAUGCUUCUUUGCCAGGCCAACAACAUUGCUAUUUUCUGAACAAGGACGCCCCAAUCCACAAUGGGAGGUGUUUACAAGGUGCGAUGCUUCAGAAAAUUCCUUUCAGGCACCCAGCUCAAGUGCCUCGGAUCUUGGAACUUAUCCGGCACCAAGUGGCAUACAACACUCUUAUUGGGAGCUGUGUGAAAAGGACCGUGCUGAAGGAAGAUCUGCCUGGCCGUUUGCAGUUUGAAGUGUGCCCGCUGACUGACACCAGCUUCAGCCUCUCCUUCCAGCACCCAGUCAAUGACUCCCUUGUGUGUGUUGUGAUGGAUGUACUGGACUCCAGGCAAGUAAGCUGUAAGCUGUAUAAAGGACUUUCUGAUGCCCUCAUCUGCACUGAUGACUUCAUUACCAGAGUGGUGCAGAGGUGUAUGUCCAUCCCGGUGACAAUGCGAGCCAUCCGCCGCAAGGCUGAGACCAUCCAAGCAGACACGCCAGCUUUGCCGCUCAUUGCCGAGACGGUGGAGGAUAUGCUGAAGCGGAACCCGCCUCCCCCCAGCAGUCCGGGCUACAGCACACAGCUGGGUAACAACCCACCGAGCGGCACCACCACGCCAACCAGCACCUUUCCCGGGCCUAUCUCCACCAUCUUCAACUUACAGGGCAUGAAGGAGAGGCACGAAUCUGGACACGGGGACGACUCCUUUAAGGUCAACCAGAACCCGAUCCUGACGAGUUUACUACAGAUCACAGGGAGUGUAGGCUCUUCCAUCGGUUCGAGCCCUACCCCGCCCGGCCACACGCCCCCACCAGUUUCUUCCCCUGCAAGUAAUACCAAGAACCACCCCAUGCUGAUGAAUCUGCUCAAGGACAACCCAAGCCAGGAUUUCUCCACGCUGUACGGCAGCAGCCCCCUGGAGAGGCAGAACUCUUCCUCCAGCUCACCUAGAAUUGAUGUAGCUUCGGGCAGCACAAAGCAGAAGAAGAAGAGGACACGGUCGCAGACAGAUAAACCCAAACAACCUCAGACUGAGGAGGACUUUCAGAGAGAGCUCAUCUCCAUGGACUUCGAUGCCCCCAACAGUGUCUUUGAUGUGAACCUGGCUGGAGAUACUUUGGACACCCCACAUAUUACCCCUGCCCCCAGUCAGUGUAACACUCCUCCUACAACAUACCCUCCAACUGUGGUGCAUUCCCAGCAAUCAGGCACACAGAGAAUGGUACGCCUCUCCAGCACAGACAGUAUUGGAGCUGAUGUUACAGAGAUUCUGUCAGACAUAGCGGAGCAAACUACUAAGCUGGCUGCCUCUGUGGACGACUGUCAGUCUGUUGGGACCCCUGUCCGUGAUUCUCUGAGCUCAACCCAUUCUGCGGUCAAUAGUACAUUUGAUGCAGAUGUUUUCCAGGCUGGAAGCAAUGAGAAUGCGUACACUGACCCUGCAGAUUUAAUAGCAGACGCCACUGCCACUCCAAAUAGUGACUCAUCAAACCAGUUUUUUCCUGAUGGAGUAGAUUUUUUAUUGGAAAAUCAAGGUGGGAACAAUUUUGUGAGCAGUUAUUUUGACGAAAACAGCCAAAGUGGUGAUAUGGAUGAGAUGAAAAGUUUCCCCUCACAGGGGUCUGCCUCGAUGAAUGUGCAGGCGAUGAGUAGUGACACAGGAGAACGUUCCAAAGGGAGCAGCCACACUGACAUGGUGGAUUUUAGUAUGUUUACAAACAGCAAUAAAUCAUUAGGAUCAUCGGAGGGGAUAGAACACUCACACUCGGGGAAUCAGAGCCCUUUACUGAGCACGGUGGAGGUUGCAAAAAUGGACAAGUCUCAGAAACAGCGGUCCAGCAAGGAAGGAAAUGGCGGAGGGAGCAGCAGUUUGUCUGGAAUGGCCAUUGACAGUAAACCCGGGAAGCGUACUCGGACUCCGUCAAGUGAUGGGAAGAACAAAGAAAAGCCUCCAAAGCGCAAGAAAACAGACUCUGAAAGCAAGUCUCCAUCUCACAGCGUGUCGGGUCGUCCCUUCACACCCCCUGCCAGCACCUCUGGCUCCAAGUCCCCUGGGAGCUCCGGGCGAUCGCAGACUCCACCCAGUGUGGCCACGCCCCCCAUCCCCAAAAUUACAAUUCAGAUUCGCAAGGAGAUUGUCGGCAAGUCAUCUUCACACAGUCAGUUUGGGUCUGGCCCCUCAUCCAGCAGUAAAAGUCACCACUCCCAUUCCUCCAAUUCCUCUUCAAGCAAAUUGAAAAGCAGCAAGUCCGAGAGCUCUUGCAGCUCAAAAAUGAGCAGCAGUAGCCUGUAUCCAGGGCAAAGCAGUACCAGUUCUAGUCAGUCCAAGAGCUCCUCGCAGUCCAUGGGAAAGCCCAGUUCUUCUCCAGUCACCAAGCAUGGUUUGACCAGCAGUGGCAGCUUGUCCAGUAACAGCAGUAGCAAAAUGAAACCGCAGGUCAAGUCAUCCUCAUCCCUGGCCAAUCCAUCUGGAGGGAAGCCCAACGUGUCUCCCUCACACUCAAGACCUUCGGGCAACUCAGAGAAACUCUCCUCUCCCUUGAAACCCAUUCCGGGGACUCCGCCAACAAAGGCGAAGUCUCCAGUCAGCUCUGGCUCAGGGAGCUCUCACAUGUCAGGGUCUGGUUCUAGCUCGAGCAUGAAGCAGUCCUCUGGUAUGGCAUCGUCCAGUUCCCUGAGCCAGAAACCUCCAACCUCAUCUUCCUCAUCAUCCUCAUCCUCCUCCUCAUCCUCAUCUUCUGCUUCCUCGAUGUCUUCAUCUCAAAAUGCUCACGGAAAUUUAAUCAAAGGAAAGUCUCCCAGUCGGACCAAGAAGCCGUCUCUGACAGCAGUGAUUGAUAAACUGAAACAUGGUGUGGGUGGUGUUGGUGGUUCCAGUUCCGAAGAUGGUACAGAUGGUCAAAUGGCAGCAUCAGCGAUGUCGUCCACUCAUAACAUCCCAUCCAAACACAACAUGUCACCAGUGGAUUACCAGGGAAAACGUGAGAAAAGUGACAAAGAAAGCAAAUCCAAGGUCUCUGUCUCAGGGGGUUCUGGUGAUAGUGGGAAGAAAUCCUCAGACUCUAAGAAUGGCGGAGGAACAGGUGUGGCAAAAAUCAUCAUUAGUAAACAUGAUGGUGGUUCACCAAGCAUCAAGGCCAAGGUGACCUUGCAGAAACCGAAUGACGGCAGUGGUGACAGCUUGAGGCCACAGAUAACUGGAGCAAAGAACUAUGGCUCACCCUUGUUCAGUGGUUCAACACCAAAACACGAACGCUGUUCCCCGAGUUACAGCAAGUCCCCUGCCUACACCCCUCAAGGUGGCGAUAGUGGCAGUGAGUCGGGGUCGUCCUUUGCAGAGAAGUCCCACCAGAACAGUCCCAGCUCGGAUGAUGAUGUCCGGCCGCUCCCCGAAUAUAGUUUGGAGAAGCAUAAAAAGCACAAAAAGGAGAAGAAGAAAGGGAAGGACAAGGAUCGGGACCGGGACCGAGACAGAGAGAAGAAAAAAUCUCACUCUAGCAUUAAGCCAGAAAGUUGGUCAAAGUCUCCUAUAUCAACUGACCAAUCCUUGUCCAUGGCAGGGAGCACAUCCAUGAACUCCGAAAGGUCAUCCCGCCCCAGUCCAGCAUUUUUGAUUGGUGAUGAUGAUGACCUAAUGAAUGUGGCCCUGAUUGGUAACUGAAAUGAAACACAUUGUUGAUAAACCAAAAUAGUCAAUCAACAGUACUAUGAUUGUAUUUUGCUUCCAACUACGAGGUUCUUGGCUUUGUCCCAUUUGGUAGGUGCCUCGGUCACACAAAAAUAAUGUUCUAAGUUAACCAUUAUUUUUAAUGUCAGCAUCCAGUUAUCAACGGUGUAUAUGAAAUUUUCUGUACAAUUUUGAGUUGGUAGUCUAUGACAAGAUUUACAUGAACAUCCUCUUGUCUUCCUUUACAGAAAAAGGUUGGAUCAAAUCUAAGUUAAAAGGGGGUCCUUUGCGCAAGGUUUUCUUUGAAUUUCUUAGCAGAGCCUAGAAUCUCCCAAACCUGGCUCUAUCAUGACUGUGUUUGCUUGCCACAUUUACAGGUCAUUUUAUUAACCUAAAGCUAUUUUAAAAUCAAAAGAGGUUGUUCCUUUGUGUGUUAAAGCCUUCUGUAUUUUUCUUAAAGUCAAAAUGGCCUGUGUGCUUAAUUUUCUGGGACUCCCCAUAAAGAUAGAUUUUAUUUAACUAUUUGCUAGGCCCAGAUUCUUUUACAUAAAACCUAAUGUGCUUUUAGAUGCUAUUUUUAACUAUUUAUUAAUCUCUUAAUUUCAGAAUUCAAUUCAUUUUAACAGCUUCUAAAGCUUUGUUAAUCCAUUUUGAAAACAAAAUUUGUACAUUGCUUUAAAUGUCCCAGUUGUACUACAGUGCUGUUUUCUUUGAUUAUUUUUGUGAAAAGUAAGAAUGCAUUUGUAUAAUUAAUUGUAUUGACCUUUUAAAGUUGAUAGUUCUGCUUGUUUGGAGAAUGUCUCUAUCACUUUUCUAUAGCCUCUGCCUCAACUGUAAGUUUGAGAAUGUGAUGUGCAAUUCCACUACCCCUCAGUGUUAUGCUAUGAGAUGGAUGGUGGAGUUUGCAUUUAAACCAUAUGUUUAACUUAAAGGUAAUGUUGCUCUACAAAUGUCCAAAUUGUUCUCUUUGAUGCUUAUUUUAUUUUCCAUAAUUUUGUGUCCUCAGUGUGACCAUUGAAUCCACAAAUGUGAAGGUUUUCCCAUUUUGCAUUAAUAACUGCUGAAUUAUGCUUAAUAGGCUUAAUAGAGACCUAGUAGACACCUAAAGAACCCUGAUCUUUAAGACUUUUUUAACCUUCCAAGAGUUAAAGGAACUUGAUACCCAAGUUGAAAAGUUUAUCACUGGGAAGCGAGAUUAUAUUCUGUUUUAGGUGAGGGUUCUCACCCACUGGGAGAGUCAGAUGGCCAGUGCACUAAUGUGUUGAUUGGCAAUAUCAGUUCAAGACCAUAUAUUCAAGCCAUGGAUCCACAUUGCUGAGUGGUUCAUAAUUAGUCAUAGUAAGUACAUGAGCUGUUACUGUAUCCAGUAGUAAUUAAGAACCACUGAGCAAAAAUUUUGUGAAACUCUACUUGGCAAAUGCAUUUAUUGAUUUCCUCGCCCAGACUUGAUCAUGAUACAAGAUUCAUAUGAAAAGACCCCCCUCCCCCCCCCAAUUAUCUGAAUCAUUGUAUAGAUCAGAACCAUUUUAUAAUUAUGGUAUAUCACAUUUUAAUGCUCAUAUUUCCAAUGUUUUUACUUUGCUAGAGUAGCCUACUUGGUGCCUUGAAGUCAUUCUCCCAUUUAGACUAUAAGAUAUAGAGCAGAAUUAGGCCAUUUGGCCCAUUGAGUGUGCUCCGCCAUUUCAUCAUGGCUGAUCCAUUUCCCUCUCAGCCCCAGUCUCCUGCCUUCUCCCUGUAUCCCUUCAUUCCCUGACUAAUCAAGAACCUAUCAACCUCCACCUUAAAUGCACCCAGUGACUUGGCCUCCACAGCCACCUGUGGCAAUGAAUUCCACAGAUUUACCACCCACUGGCUAAAGAAAGUCCUCUUCAUCUCCAUUCUAAAUGGACAUUCCUCAAUUGAGGUUGCAUUCUCCCGUCCUAGACUCCCCCACCAUUAAAAACAUGCACUCCAUUUAGGCCUUCCAACAUUCAAUAGGUUUCAAUGUGAUUUCCCCCCUCAUUCUUCUGAAUUGCAGCGAGUAAAGAUCCAGAGCCUUAUUUUGCUAAGCAGCCUCAUGUGUGGCACCCUGUCAAAAGACUUCUGAAAAUCCAAUUACACAGCAUCCACUGAUUCUCCUUUGUCUAUUCUGCUUGUUAUUUCUUCAAAGAAUUUUAACAGAUUUGUCCAGCAAGGUUUGCCCUUAAGGAAACCGUGCUGACUUUGGCCUAUUUAUCAUGUUCCUCCGAAUGUCCCAAAACCACAUCCUUAACAAUUGACCCCUACAUCUACCAACCACUGAGGUCAGGCUAACUGGCCUGUAAAUUUUCUUUCUUCUGCCUCCCUCCUUUCUUGAAGAGUGGAGUGAGAUUGUAUUUCUGAAAGUCAAAAUGGCCUGUGUGCUUAAUUUUCUGGAACUCCUCAUAAAGAUAGAUUUUAUUUAACUAUUUGAUUUAUCUAACUCUUCGCUUCAAAAAAUCCGUCAUACAUUGAAGACCAGUUAUAUAAAUUCUAUCACAAUGGAAAUUAGUGUUGGGGUAUUUAACUUAAAGUCAGCCAACAGUUUUCAUCUGGGCACGAAGUGCAAGUUAUCUCCAUUAUUUUAAGGUAGCUUGUUGUGGUACUAAUGUCAAGUGAACUCUGAGUGUUUCUUUGCUUCCCUUUUUGACCUUGGUGUGACUAAAGCUCAAAUGUACACUUAUUAUACAGAGCCAUACAAGGGGCAGCUAAUUGGCCCACAUAGGUCAAAAGCUGUUGAGCCUAAUAACACCCUCCAGCUCUCAAUCCAUAGGCUUCGAUAAUUGUGCAUUGUGCACACUCAGCUGCUUUUUAAAUGUGUUGAGUGUUUCUGCUUUCAGGCAGAGCUCCAUGCCUCCCCCAUUCUCGGGGUUUUUUUUCCACCAGCAACACUAUAAAAUUUUUAUGUCAUUUACUUUAACCCCAUGCCCCCUUGUCUUGCCCUCACAUUUCUGUUUUCCCUACCACAGCCUGUAAUAUCUUAUUUUUAUUUUAUAUUAACAAUACAGUGCAUAGUAGGCCCUUCAAGCCACCCCAGCCCAGCAAGCCCCAACUAACCCUAACCUAAUUACAGGAUCACUUACAGUGACCAAUUCACCUAGCCAGUAGCUCUUUGGACUGUGGGAGGAAGCCAAAGCACCUGGAGAAAGGCCACAUGUUCCACAGCGAGGACGUACAUACACCUUACAGGACGCUGUCGGAAUUGAACUCAAGAACGCCCGGAGCCGUAAUAGUGCCACGCUAACUGCUCCACUGCCAUGGUAUCCGAAACUACCUUGACCAUCAGCUUGCUUAGCAGAGACAAAGAAUCCACCCCAUAUUUCCCCCAGCUGUAGAUUUUGAGACAAGAAGUACCUUGGAAAACACUUCCUUUGAGUGUGAGAAUUAGAAUAUACCUGUCUAAAUAAGGUGUGGAUCUUUUGUUAUGAAGAAAUAAUAGUAGUGGGAAUUCAACUGGCUGUCAUUGGGAAGUUUUUUUAAUUCAAGGUGACCAACCUUACUAAAACAGGCAGGGGUACAAUGGCUCAUUGUUAAAUCAGUCAAAUUUGAAGGAACCAUAUUGGCAGUAUUAAGAAACCAAAAAUUAAUGGUAACUGAGGUGUGUUUCAAACAUUUGAAUUAGGUACUGUUAUUAAUUACAGCUUAUAUGAAAUCAUAAACUUUUAAAAUAUGAAAGUUUCCAUGGGUAUUGUUUUUGUCAUUCUAUAAGUCAAAACAGUUUUCCCAUUGAUUUGUGUAAAAGUCUCAGUCUUGGAAAUGGUGCAAUACACAAUGUUGGAGAAACUGAGUGAGUCAAGCAACAUCUAUGGAGGAAAAUGGGCAAUUGCUGUUUUGAAUCCAGACUUUUUAAUCAGUACUAAAAAAAAAAUUGAUUGUCCAUUCCCUACCAUAGAUGCUGUUUGGCUUGCUCAGUUCUUCCAGCGUUUUGUGUAUUGCUUCAGAUUUCUGGCAUUUGCAGUCUUUAUUGUGUCUCUGUCUUAGAAGUGAUGUCCAUUUGAAAUCAUGAUGUACUUCAGAAUUAAAUUGUGAAAUGAUUAGUUCCUGUUGAGGAGCUCUGAAAUGCAGCUGAGUGGAAACGCCAUGAAGAUGCUGCAGAUUUCUCAACUGUUAUGUUUUUAUGAUAAAUUGUAAAAGCAGAACUUUACAGGAACUCUACAGUGGCCUAUUAUGUGUACCCUGGUGAUUUUCUUUGCCACCUGCAAUCUGUUCUCUUCCUCUCUUCCAGCACCCAUCAGAAACUAACAGAAUUCCUUUUUAGAUUUGUAUAUUUUUAAAGGUCUCUAUUUCAAUCUUUAAAAUCCUGCAAAACUUAUUUAACAAGAACAAUUACAUGAAUCCUUUUUGUUAUUUCAAACUGAUACAACUGGCUUAAUAAAAAUGGAACAUGGUCGAAAUCCACAAAUGGUCGGUAGUUGAGAGGAUAGUGAUUUGGAGUUGAACAAAUUCCUUGAAGUAACUGCACCAGAAACUUUUAAAGUAACACACAAAAUGCUGGAGGAACUUAGGUCUGGCAGCAUCUAUAGAAAGGAAUUAAUAGUCAACCAACUUUUAAACCAUCAGUUUCUUUUAACUGCUUCCUGGGUGAUUGGCAGUGUGUUCUUUUCUGCAGUUUAUAGGUAUAAAAAUUAAGAUUUGCUUAAAAUUACAAUCAUUUCUUUUUAUUUAUGAAUAUCAAGUAUUGAAACCAGCCUACCAUUCAAGGGGUAGGAGAAGAUCAUGAAGUGUUGAAGAAAAUAGUAAUUUUAUUGUGUAUUAAAUAUUCUGUUAAUGUCUCAAAUAUUAAUUACGUCUCUUCAGAUAAAACGGUCCCCAUUUCAGGUAAAAUUUUUAAAAAAUCAAAAAUAUAUUUGUGGUUGAAAGAUUAACUUAACUGGAUAUAUUGAUGUAUAUAUGUCCCUAGUGGUAGUCUGUGUGCCUGCCAAAUUGGCACAAGAUAAUGCUGCCAAGAAUCUAGAGGAUUAAGGUUAUAUCUUGCAUAAAGCUGAACAUCAUAAAUUAGAAUCACAGGCUUUUUUUCUAACCUGUGCUAAGUUUAAAUGGUCUGACCAUGUCCAUUAGGCUAGAGGGAGAGGCCUUCGGGUGCAGUUUAUCAUCACUGUACAGUGUUCCUGGCCUAAACCCAGUUGAGAAGGGAUAUUAUUGGUAUUUGGGCAGAUGGCCAAGCACAAGCUGUUGUGGUACUCAUCAUGUUCAGAGACCCAAAUGUGGUCUGGGCCCAAAUGAAAGAUGCCUACUUCAAGGGCAUUUUAGAAGUCAUCCCAAUAAUCAUUGGUAACUCCAGAGAAAACUAGGGUCAGAAAUUAACUUUGGAACUUCAUUCUAAAAUUUCUGUUCCACUCUCCUGAUCAGGGAACCAUUUUGAAAUGUCCAGAGGAUGUUUGAGAUGAUUGGUUGCCUGUGUAUAUAAACAAAAGUCAAAAUAUUUGAUUUUGUUUCAAAUUAUUUCCACGAACAUUGUUUUUUUCAAUAAACUAUUUUUAUACGUAUUUUGGCAUAAAACCUUGACAUUUCUCUAUACAGUGAUCUUGCAGUGUGUGGGCUAAGGACCCAGUGUUUUCCAAAGCAGAUGUAACUAAAAGAAAAUGGUUGACUGUCUUGUGCUUUGUGAAGUGAUCUUUGCUUUAAUAUACUCUCUAGCAUGUAAAUGAGUUGUGAAUUUCCUCUUAUUACCCAGGUUUGAUUUGUGCCAUACUUUUUUGCAAAAUGUAAAUUCCCAUCAUUUUCACAAUAGAGAAUGUUACUUUGUAAUGUUAUUAUCCACACUUGCAAAUAAACAAUUCA